UGGCCAAUGAAAAUGCUUUUUGAAGGCGACAUGACAUGCGCAUUAUACACUGUUGAUGACUUCGCUAGCUGUUUCGACCGAGCUUGGAAACUGGAUCGCUAAAAUAUAUUAAACAUAGUCUCCUUCGUUCGACACGACCAUGCUACAGUUUCUGGCUGGGUUUACCUUGGGAAACGUUGUUGGGAUGUACCUCGCGCAAAACUACGAGGUCCCCAACAUUUCCAAAAAGAUAGAAGCCUUCAAAAAGGAUGUGGAGGCAAAGAAGAAACCUCCAGCAGAGUGAAGAAGAGAUUGCUCAACAACAUGGAAAGAAAGAACCGGGCAGAUUUGAAGAGGUGGGGGACUAUUGGAACAGCAAGAUGCACACUGCAGAGGAUAUAUACCGAAUGUUAAUCUCAUUUAAUAUUUUCUAUCAAAAGCAGUAUGUGUACUAAGGUUACACUGGCAGAGGAAUAAAUUGUAAAAAUGUAUUCUCUAA